ACUCGUAGCGUAGAGGCGGAAUGCGAGGGUUUGAAGCGCGAUUUAACUGAAGUGAAAAGUGAAAGGCUGAGCUUGCAGUUGAAGGCAGAGAGACAAAAUUCAUUCAUCAGUACACUCCAAACCCAACUCAACACUGCGCAAAGCUCUAUAGAUCUUCUACAGAAGCAACUGAGAGAUGCACUGGAGUACAGGAAUGCACAGUCAUCGGAGAAGCCAGCUCCUAAAAAGAAGGGCAGUAAGAAAAGUCAAGGUCCGUCAUCUAGUACAGUAGCUGAAGAAAACAAUGAGUUAGAUACAGAACAGCUUUCUAAGCUCGUUGAAGAACAGCUACUGGCCGCAAGACAAGCUAUAGCAGAAAACGAUUCACAUGUACAAGAUGUCGCGAAAGUUUCGACGACAACAACGGAAAUUGGCAAUGUUCUGGACAGGGACCGUUCGUCAUUUCUAAAGAAGAGUGAACCCAAGGGAGUUAAAGCUGGUACAAGUGGACUCAACUGGACAUCCGACGAUUGUGUUUUGAGAGAUGUGACAGGAUUGUUACUUGGAGACGAGGAGCAAACGCCAUUUAGAUCAUCCACAGUGCCACAAACAAAUCUUAAAGCUCAAAUGGCGAGCGACUCGAUUAAACAUCAAUUGAAAGAAGCUACAAUUCAAAUAGUGAAAAACAUAAGUCCGCCGAUGGAAAAUAACUACUUGGCUAAUGUUGAAAAACAAAAAAAGAGAGACGAGGAGAAAAUCAUAGACGAGUCGGUUGAAAAAUUAAUUCAAUUGUCAGGGAAGUCUUUCCAAACGGAGUCUGUCCAAAAAAGGUCUGCAGUCGAAGAGGAAUCGCUGGGAAUGACUGUAUCAAAGGAUAACUGGCAGCAACUCAACUUGACAGGACGAAGUUCUCGAGUAGCUCACGCUGAGAAGGUAGCUAAAAGAAGACAAACAGUAGACGCAAAACAAAUGACGCAAAUUAAUCAAACUUUGGAAGAGACGAAAAUGAAUAAAACGAAAGACGCUCGGAAGGAUACUUUUAUAGAUAAACUGGGCUUAGAAAAGAGAGACAACGAGAGCAAAGCAGAUGAUGUCAGCCGUAAAACAAAAGAAAGUGACAGAAAUAAAGGAGCAAAGAGCGGUGUUAAAAACGAAAAAUGGACAAGUUGGGGCGACAAAUCACGACUGGUUGUAUCUAGUGAGGAUAGCGAUGAAAGUAGCAGCAGUAGUAGUGAUAGUGGCAAUGGUGAAGUUAGUAAAGAUAGUAUAAUGCAUUCGGGAACCCGUGAUUCCAAGACGGAAGAACAGAAUGUCAAGGAUGCUAAAUGUAUCAAAAAACGGGAACUGAGUUCGACUAUUGAUAGACCGGUGGUAACGAGACUUGAUUCUGAAGUCACCGAAAGCUUUGAACGAAGCACUAAGGUGCUGGAGGCUAAAGAUUCGAAUGUAAUACAAUUAUCGUCUAGUGCGCGACGUCUGUCAGAAUCAAGCGACGAAGAAGUAAAUGGCACUGAAAAGAUUGCAAAAGUGAGCGGCGAAAGAGUUGAAUUAAGUGGUGGAGAAAGCACGGUCUUGCCCUUAUCGAAAACUGCAGAUGGUCUUGACCCUUUGUCUAGUAUUGAUUCGUUCUUCCAAUCGGAUGCAAUAAGUGAAAUGUCUGCAAAAAAUCUAACACAAACAGCAACCGAGAAGAAUGAUGAUAAAGAAUUUGCGCCAGAAAAAGGAGACGUGGUACCAGAAACUCAAAGCAUAAGCGUAGAAAAUGUAUCUGUAGAAUCGCAUCCUGUUGAUAACAUAGAUUCCCAUCCAAAAUUGAUCCCAGAUGACUACAAAGAAGACCAACAAGCUGCUGCAAUGGAACCGCCAUUUACUUCCCCAAAGAUAGAACAGGAACGCAAUAAUCCAGAUUUCCAGUCAGGCAUAUUAGUGUCUAGCAUGGCCGCAAAUAAAGUUGCUUCAAAGGAGAAAGAGAUUACGGAGCUCCCAGCUUUGGACCAUGAGACGAUGGAUGAAGUGAUGACUAAUGUUGGCAACAAUGAAGUUGUAGCGUCUGAAAUUGUAGCUUCUGACAAUUUAGUUGAUACGCCUGUAGGCAAUAAAACUGAUGAAAAUACCAUUGGAAUUGAAGAACGUGAGUGGGGUGAUGUGUCUCUUCAUCUGUCAGAUGUGGAAGUUAGUCCUUCACAACUAGCUGAAACCUUCUUCUCCAUGACGCCUCCACGUGGUAACAGCAGUCAAAAGCAGAUUAGUACUCCGCCACCUCCAGGACAUGAAUACUCGUGCAAAUCAAUCGAAGCCAAAGAGUCGGAUAUUACUGGAAACAAUUCAGAAGUCGAUCUUAUAAAUUUGAACCAUGGCGCUGAAAGCGCGACUGCACUAGACUAUGAUAAGACGCAAGAAGAUCAAUUUAUUUCGAAGAAAUUAGGUACGAACGAUCCCAUAGUUCUAAUAGAAAACGUUCUAAUACAAUCGACUAAAGAGAAUCCAAUUCCUAGUGCGGAGCAAGAACCGAUCAAGCCAGAUGCGGUUGAAAAUGAAACUGUCCCGGCCGCUUGUCAAAUGAGAGAAGUUAACGUCGAUUUGUUGAAAGAAAAUGAAAGUGUUCUUAAAGCUAAUGAUGUCUUCGUUCGACAGCUGAGUAUAUCUGGUCCUCCUCUGGAAUGUAAUUUGUCGAUGGACUCAGCUGAAAUGCUUCUCUGGACGGACGUCAGUUUCGACCUUUUGGACGCUGAGGACAUAAGUCUGGAUCUACCAUUGUCUCCAGCGUCAGAAGAAACUUCGACUGCUGCGCUUCAGGAAUCAUGGAAUUUUCCUACGGAGCAUAGCGUGGCACUGGGCGAUAAAGACAAAUGUGCUGCUGGAAGAUUUAUAGAAGACCCGGAGCUGGAAGCUCUAAACUUCAUGGAAGCAGUUGCAGAGGAACUGGGGCACAAUGCAGAGGAAUCCACGAGUAACAUGAGUUGUAACGACAGAACUGUACAUAAAAAGAAUGAGGGAAUGAUAAAAUGUAGUGUAGGGUUGUCAUUAGAACUUUCUGAGAUGCAGUGUGAGCUUGGCGACAAUGUUGAAUGUGAUAAGAAGUCAGAUUUUCAAGAAGAUACAGGUCGCGGAAGAUUGACGAGGUCUCAAAAUCGGAGUGAAAAGAAGCCUGAAGCUUCAAAGGAGGAUUUGAACGUGAAAAUGAAGGAGAAAGAACCAGAAAUUGAUGUUCCUAAAUAUGCCGAGAAGAAAGAGGGAUCUUUGGAAGUGGUUGUUGAAGGAUUCUGCAUUAAGAUGGCACGUGACAUGGACGCAAUUACGAAGCAAGCAUCUGAAGCACUUGUGAGCCCUCUGUAUGUAGAGGUUGGUCAUUAUGAUAUUGCAAAGAAAUGCACUAGCAGAAGUCGAGUAACUCGUUCCAAGACGCGAUCUACUGCUGAACGAAAGCGGAGCAAAGCCGAGAAAGAAUUCGAAGAUGAUGGGUCGGAAAUUGGUAAGGAGGAAGAAAUCGGAGGAACGACGAAGGCGAAACGAGAAUUGGAUAGGAGUGAAGGGAGAACGUUAGACAAAGAUUCAGACAAAAUGCCGAACUCAUUCGACACGGCAGUUAAUAUAGCGGGGAAGAAUGAUAUUGUUAUAAGUGAGUUAACUCACAAAGUCAGAAGUUUAAAUUCAGAUAAAAUACAAACGACUAGUUCUUCGAUAGUCUCUCAAGAGCAUGUACCGCAAAGUUCGUCUGAGAAGAUAGAAGGGACUCCUCUUAAGAAGUGGAGGCAACUGAUGAAAGGAGACCAAAUUGAACCUGGACCAUCUCAGGAACCACAACAACCUCCAACGUCCGAAAGCCGCAGCGUACAAAAUGAGUUUACUCUGUGUUCAAAUGCACCUGGCGAUGGAAUUAAAGAAGGUUGUAACAGGUUAGUCAUUUUGGGUAAAGAGAGUUCGGGAACACCGAAGUCGAAGCGACCAAGAAGUGGAUUUAAGAGCCAAGUGAAAGAGGCUAAGAGGGAAAUUUUGAGUAUCGUGCGCAGUUCAGGUUUGGACAAGUUCUAUGAGCAGCCGCAGCGUGACCUUCAGGAUAUCGCUAGCCAUGUUCAUUUGGACAAUUUAGAUAACCAGCGGCGUGAAAAAAUUAAAAGUUUUAGUACACAUGACGUUAAAUCAAAAACUCAAAAGCUAAAUGUUGAAGAGAUUGAGGUUGACUCUUUAGUCAUCAAUGAAGUUAUGCUGAGCUCGAAAGCAGGACGCAAAAAUCAAAGUUUCUCAGGAUCUACAGACAAACAUUUUCAAGUUGAAACAGAACAGGUUGUGUGUAAAAACAUCAACCCGAACGUCGGAGCUUUAAUGGAAGACUUAACUCCUGGAGAAAAACUGAAUGAAGAGCGCGCGCCGGGAACUGUCCCGCUUUCCGACUCAGACUCUGAACAAGGCGAACUGGAACUAUGUAUAUCGGACGACGAGGGUUCAAAAGAAGCUCCUAAAUGCAAUGAUGCAAAGAUUCUUGAGGCGAAAAUGAAGUCAGAUGAUGAGAAUUCAAUGAUAGCUUGUGGAUCUUUUGAUUUGUUGACAGGCGCAGAUGAGUCAAGUGAAACUCUCAGCUGUGUACAACCAUCAGAAUCUACCCCAAAUAAAAAACGUGCAGUGAAUUUAGGCCUCAUUUGGAAGACCGGAAUCCAAAGCGAUGCAGUCUUAGAUGGCGAAGCUGGCGAUCAUGCAUUUAAUAAUGCAUUUGAAUCAAAUGAAAUAGCAACGGGACAUAUUUCAGACCAAAUAGAACAGAUUGAGACUGUACAAACUGAGAGGCAAAACGAAGACGAUGAUGAAGAUUUACAUCCCGUUUUAUGCGAUAGCACCUCACCUACAAAAAGAAGCACGCGUAAAAGAUUUCUCACAGAGUUACACGAGAAAAGAGACGAAAAUGACACAGUUAAGAUUUCGCCACUGAAAAAGAAAAGUAAAGAGGCAUCUAUUAGUAGUAAGAAUCCACGAAGGCGGUCUGAGUUGCAGUCGAUAACAUCAGCUGUAGAUGAGGUUGAAAUUAAGUCGGAGCCGGCCUUCCAUGAUACCCGUCCUUGGUCACAAAUGACGCUGAAAAGUGACAUCAAGCGCGAGUUGGGGGAUAAAAUUGAAGCGGAAACUACUCUGAUGAAAUUUCACUGCGGGUUGAAAGGAGCAUGUGGAAAUAGGAAACAGGAGGGAGGAGGAAUCGCCGCUCAGCCUCUCUCGCCUGCGACAUCUAUCGAGAGCAGUUGUUCAUCAAUUGAAGUCGCAGGCAGAAGUGUGCAGUUUAUGCUGAAGCUUCUCAAAGACAUCAAUCCUCAAAAUGUACAUUUGAAAUGGACUCAAUUACUGGAAACAGAUCUGGAUAUUAGUGGCGGUGGCGCUAGUUGUGGAACCCCAUUUCACUCCCCCACGAAGCAGGGAGGGAUGGGCUGGUUGUCUCCAAAUACUUUAGUGGUGUCUGUAUGUCAGACACUGACGAGGAACAAAAGGAAAAGAAAUAGGAACAAGAGGCCAACAAGGAUGGAGGCGGAAAAUGACUACGGCAUGAUCGAAUCCUUAGCAACGAUGGUGGAGUGGUAUAUGGAGACUGUUGGUUUUGAAGACAGAAAACAGACUAUUCGUGAACUUACAGGCAGAAUGACUCUUAUCUCAAACCACCAUAAUCUAAAUCAAGACAAAUCUAACUUGGAGGAAAACCCACAAACUAGUUCAGUCACUUCCAAAGUUCCUUAUUUAGAACGAGGAAAAGAUUUGGCAAUAUGCAUUGUCCUACUAUUAACAUCGCUCAUUUCAAAGAACAAAACAAGCAUAAGUUUGAUCAAUUCAAAUAUAGAAUCACAGUCUGAAAAUGUAGAGAAAGAUGCUGAUCUGAAGUUGAAACAAGCAGAACAUGAAGGAUAUUUGCAAGUGGCGCGAGUGAUGUUGUAUGACGUCAUAGCAUCGAAAAGAAGUUACUGGUUAGAAGUGGUCAGUAUCGCAAUCUCACGUGUUCCUCAGUUGCUAAAGAAGCAAAUGAUUGAAAUGACCGCAGAAAAAUCAGAUGAGUUGUCGAUGUCGCAACUGGUAUAUGAAAGAGAGAAAGAAAGCGAGAAGUGUGUGCUCGUGUCUGCAAUGCAGUGCGUUCUAUGUCAAAGAUGGCAAACUGAAGAUGAUGGAACCGAAACAACUGAAGAUGAUGUGAAUAAAAAGAAACGAAGACAGAUGUUCGCGGGACUAGAUUUCACUUGUGAUUCCACUCCUUUCCAAAUGGUCAACCAAAUGGCCUUGGAGUACCUGUUUAACGUUGACUUUCUAAGUUCUAGUACCUCUCAAUUGCUAUUUGACUCAAAUCUACAACAAUCUAUUGAUGAUAUAACUAAAGAAGGAGCUACUGAUAAUGUUCUCUGUACAAGUAAAAACAAAGUUGUAACCCGCGAGAAUGAAAACUGGACUGAGUUCAUGUUCAGUUGUGUGAAAGCAUGUACUCUUUUGUUUCUGGAAUGUUCAUCGGAAGAACAGGAUGUUAUCUUGAGAGAAGUUGUCUUUCCUUCUCUUACGUCAUUCUCAACGUCAGUGCAACCUCUGCUGUCGUUUUCAAUGUCAUCGACAUUUAAAUGUCAUCGACAAGAAGAGUAUUGCAUGUGUCAAGAAUGCCUGUUAUUGGCUCAGUCGUCUAUCAGAAUCAUCGGUGAAAUAGCGCUGCCAUAUCUGAGUUCUCAAAUUGAGAGUGGAGCAGAAAUCAGAAGAGAGAUGAGGAUAGGCGAAGUAUUAUUGCCUGCCGUGAUCGAAACACUCAAUGUCACUCGUGAGAAAAUAUAUCACUCAGAGUUAGAACAAGUGCUAUCAAGAAAGCUUCAACAGUGCUGUUGCGAGAGUAUUUUGAAGAUGUUUCCUAUUGACAAGGAAAAAGUCACUCAGAUCUUCUCCUCAGACUCCACGGCAGAAAUUAUCCGCAAAUCAUCCCUCAUCCAAGUUCACCCCAGACACGUGGCCCUAUUCCAGGGAAAGAGCAAGAAACAAAAUCGCCAGCAGAGAAAGAGAGGCAACAAGAAAUGAAUAUUGGCAAGGAAUGGUGUCAUUAUUAUGCCGAAACGGCCUAUGUUUUGUCAGUUUCUCUGUUCGUUGAUUCAUCUUCCAAAUAUAUCUAUUUUUGCUAGAAUAGAAGUUAAUUUUGUUACGAAAA